AUGAAAUCGAUAUUUCACGAAGAAACAGACAGUGAGUGGUCUGUAGAUUUGAACGACCCCAAGCACAACAGACGGUUCAUCCAGGUGCCCCGAAAACCCGUUGGAACGGGUCAGAGCAAGCUGAGAGACCCCGAUAUGGUCACUCAGGCUGACGGAAAAGUUAUUGAGUGCUUUCCCUUCACCAACGACCCUCUCCCAGCCAUGCCCUGCUCCCCUGAGGAGUCUCCCUACAGGGAGGACAGCGGCGCAGGAACGGGACCAUCAGCGGAACCAUCUACAUCGCCAGACACUCGUCCGGCUCGUUCGUUUUCUGUUUCGAGAAAACCAGUGCAAUACGGAGUCCAAACUCCUACUCCCGUGAGAACCAGAGGCUACACUGAGAGUGACGUUGGAGGAACUAUGACCACCAGUGUCACCCAGGUGACCAACAAGACGCCUCCUCUUGGGUCUGAGGGGUUUUCGGUGGCCGGAGCUCGACCCAAAUCCAAGCACAGCAGCAUGCGAGAGUCGUCCAAGGCAGACCUUUCUAAGGCGCUUUCUAAAAUCGGUAUCAAGCCAAGUGGGUCCUCUCGUGACCUUCCCACCGAUCCCGAUGAGUUACAGGCUUCCCGUGAGGAGCAUAUUCGUGACAGUUAUGCUGCUCUUGAGCGUGUUAGAGACAGCAGAGCUGUUCAGGAGUUUUACGCUGCAGGAGGAGAGGGAGAGAAGGAAAAGGAGAAGGAAAAGGGGGAAAAGUGGGAAAAGGAAAAAGCGAAGGAAAAAGAGAAGGAAAAAGAAAAGACGGAGGAAAGAGAGAAGAGCAGAAGCAGAAGCAGAAGUAGAGACGUGAUUGGAGGGGGGAGCCAGAGUUCUGUAUUGGAACGUCUUUCGGAAGAGAGUCUUUCUAGUGACAAACGUCUAGGUCAACUUGGUGAGCACUUGACGAAAAAAGAGGUUCUCAAGUCUCCUGGAGCUUCCACGUUGGAACAUGACGGCAUCUCCGACGCCACGUCUACAGAGAAACACGAUUCAGAUAACGAUUCUGACUCCGACUGUGAUACCCAAAGCUUUGUCAAGCUGCCGUCUGCAGACAUACAUCCCGUUUAUGGAGGCAACAACUUUUCCACGACCCCUUACGCCACCGCAUUCGAGACUCCUCUAAUUGAGUCGACGUCUACUUUUGGAGCCGCUCGUUCUCGGUCAUGUACUCCUCCUUCAGGUCAGCUUUUGGACGCAUCUCCCACUAAAACGACCAAUGUGACUCCCCGGCGAGUCCCCGUGGACCAUCCCUCCUUGCAUUCUAAUCCCGAGGGUCGGUUUCUCAUUGACAGCUGUCCCGAGCAGGAACUCAAACGCGAAUCUUCUUCCGUUGCAAUCCCUCCUAAAGGUUACAAGUACCCUAUUGACGACCGUUUCCCUGCUGCUGUUCCACGCCAGUCUUCCCCUCCUGCUGAUCCGUACCAGGAGAUACCCGAGCCGUACGACUGCUGGAACGAAGAGGCGGACCGGAAGAGCCCCGGGGCCCCUUCCGUUGUUACCAGACAUCCUUACUAUCGGUACUUUGUCAUGCGGUUUUCCAGAGACUUGUAUCUGACCACAACUCCCACCCAGCAUCAUAUGGUGGCCAACCAGGCGCAGUCGUAUUAUGUGAAGAAUGAGGACUACCGGUUCAUGUUCUACACCAACAUUAACGAGCAGCCCGUGACGAUUGUGGAGAAGCGAGACAACUUUCUGCAGAUCUGCUACGACGACUCAUCCAGGCCACCGCUCGAGGACUACAAUUUGUCCAGCACUGUGUCUCUGGAGCAGUCCAUCGAUUCUCAGUCUCUCAGCGAGUCGCUGUCGGACAUUGUGAAUCCCUCUUUUGUCGGCCAGGCAAUCGAGAUCCCCUGUGGUGACAAGGGAAAGAACAAAAAGUACAAGCGUUACUCAUUUAUCGACGAGCUGGGUCAGGAGUGGUUCAUCACGAACGAAAAGUCAGGAGUUUACACUUUCUCCAACGCCAACUCCGUGGUAGCAACUUACAAGCGUAAGGAGAAUAUUGGCAAGCGUAUUGUCAAGAACGGACUCGAGUGGUUGUCUCAACAGGAGAGCAACAAGAACGACAACUAUCGUGCUCUUCCCAGUGCCGGUCCUCAGCCUGUAGCAUCAUCUAUCGAGACCGAGGCUAGCGCUACAUUGACUGUCAGUGAGCUGGUGGACCCGUCUUCGAACCUGUGGAAGAUUUGCAUUGGGUUGCUAGUGACCGUUGCUUACAAGAAACCGAAGCAGUAG